AUGGAUCCAGGAAAUGUCUCAGGUAAAGGUGGUGGUGACCUUUCGGCUCCUGAGGCGGGAAAGUUGGUCUUGCAUCAUGACGUCAUCUGUCGGCGACGUCACAAACGUGAGUCAUUCGGCGAACAAAGAGCGAGUCUAGCCCCGCCUAGCCGCUGCAUCCUUGAUCGGAAUGGACAGUACAUGAAGUGGAUACAUGGAGUGGAUACAUGGCGAUGCCCUACAAGAAGGACCUAUCACAACCUCAAUAGUUGGAGAUUACGCUUCCGACACAGUGACCUAGUAGUUUCCUUGGCCGGCCUCAAGCGGGGCAGAUAG